AUGCCAUGUUAUGCUGCCCUGAGAAGGCCAUUGCGGACCGGCAUCACGUCCAUUGGCUCUGUACGUCGAGCCCCCGACAAUGCUACGCACGCACAAGACAGCUCCGACAGAAUCCUCGGCCGCCGCCCAGCGACACACGACCCAUCGAAGCCGACUGUCGACCGCACGCUAGCGAGCCUGCAUCAUGUCAGGCCUCUGGCUGGGAGCAAGCGAUGGCUGCGAGGCGUUGGACGCCUUGUCGACCGGCCUGCCCGAGGGGUGCUGUGGUACUCCACUGCUGCUGCUGCAUCGGAGACACAGGAGGACAGCGCCACGGCAGCGUCCGGCAGAGGAGACGCGCAGGAAAGUGGUCAUGAACAGGGCCUGCGCAUCACGACGGCCCUUCUGCCACAGACCGAUGGCAAGGCCGUGCGAUAUCUUCCAACGUCCGCACAGCGCGACAGUGCCCUGCACUUCCCCCCCGAACUCGCCCUUCGAGACCGACUUGCUUCCAACGCCCGCACGGCAUCACACCGACACGGCCCCGUCAGGAGAGUCCUCGUGAAGACACCCGCGCGACAUCCUGAUGCCAAUGCGGGCACACGCACCGAUGAAGCUGAUGCCCAGCACCCCGCCGAACAGCCAGCGACUUCUUCCUACUUCGACGAUAUGGUAGAGGCGGUCCGGGAAAGUCGUCCUCGAGAUGGCGCAGAUUACACCGCAUACCAACCAUCCUUCGGCCGUCAAUACUUUGUACGCCAGCAAAAAGAGCUUCGCGUGCAGAAAGCGACCCAUGAAAGAAUGGUGCAACUACAAGCCGAACGACAUCCUCGCCUCAAGCAUAACGACUGGCAGGGUAUCCUCCAGCAGCUGGAUGCUCAUACGCCCGCUGGGUCAGAACUGUACAAGCAGAAGGUCGACAAACUAACGCUGCCAGAGGGUUUCCUGGCCGUCUUCCACCAUGAUAUAUCCUUGGCUAUUCUGGAGAUUCGGCAGCGCACGGGUAGCCAUCUGCAAGUGGUGGAGGGUGUGAGCCAGAAAAUCAGCGUAGACGGAAGAACAAAGACUGCCUAUGCAGUGCUGGCUCUUUCCGGCUUGGCCAACGAGAACGACGCUGCCCUACAGCUAUUGCCAGAAUACGCGUAUGUCUACUCCGAGCACGAACUCAGCGCAAGCAGAAAUAUGCAUGACUAUGACUUGCAACGCCGCCAAUAUCAUCUGCCAGAUGGCGACAAUCACGAAGUUCCAAAUGGACACUCCAACGUCGAAACAAGCCCGAGCCAUGAUCCGCACUCAGAUGACGACGGUCAUCUCUCUCUCUCAGAUCUUGAUAUGCUCAAUGAUGCAGUCAAGUCUGUCACAUCGCCAGUACGUGCAGUAUGGUCGGUGAGCCGUUGGUAUACGGACUACGUGCGGCAUCAAGUUGGUGUGCGACCCACGAUGGUAUCAAGGACGUCCAUGACUCAGUACAUCUUCGAGAUUACCAUGUCUUUGCCGAACAUGGCCGUACGCAAUAAACGUGCGAAGGAUGAGACCGCUUCAGGCGACGAAGCACACGUCACGAAAGUGAUCGAAGAACUGGUCUCCUUAUGUACCGGUCCUGCUGCGCCUUCCUGGCUAACCUCGGAGGCAUUGGACAAGUCACUGCACUAUUUGCUGGCGCACAACGACUUGAAGGCUUUUCGUACUAUUCGUCAGUCACUGGACAACGGCGGAAAGUAUGAAUUUACAGCCUCAAAUUACGCCGUCUUGCUGAAUGGUGCGGCAAGAUCGGGAGACUUGCACAAUUUUCGUUACCUUACGAUGGAGAUGAUCAAACGAAGACUGCCUUUGACUGCUCACGUCUGGAUGCACUUUCAUAAGCUGGUCUGCGUUCGCGGCGCAUCGGAGGUUUUCGGUCCAUUGGAGGGUAUGAUGCGCACGAAGGGCCUGUUGGUGAACCAGAAGCUGGCCAAAGCUGUGUCGAUGGAGUCGGUACUUGAAGAACUGCAUGAAGAGUUGAAGGCCGGGACCCCGUUCGAGGCGUUUUGGCACAAGUGCAAUCUCCGAAUCCAAGCUACGUAUCCGCCUGGAUUUCGCUGGUUCUCUCACGAAGUUGCAAAUCGCAUGAUCCAACUUUUUCUGCAAUGGGGCCGACUGGAUGAUGCCUACAUCGUUCUGGAACGGCUGAGAAAGCGCAACAUACCAGUGCCCACCAGCACACUGAACAUAUUCCUGUCCUCGGCUUUACGCAAUCGCGACUCUGCGGCAGCGGCUUCGAUCGUACAGCGCUUUAAGAUCGGUAAGCCUGGUGCCAUCAUACCAGAUCACAUCACCUAUGCGGAACUAUUCACCACCGCAUGGCUGCAGCGAUACUUCAAUGUGCUCAGGGUAGUCUGGCGGUACGCAUGUGCAGCUGGCCACGUCAACUACAGCAUGCGCUAUCGACUGCGUCGUAGUCUUUGCAGCGCAACUCCGCCGGGCAAUACUCCCACCGACGGCAUCUCACGCGGCAUGCUCUGGAAUCUGUGGGCCGGCAAAUUUGCUGUGGGCGUCGCACGAGGGUUAAGCAAAAGAUCAGAGCGUGGAGAGACGGUCGUGUUAACAGAGUCCGAGCAGCAUCUCCUCCAGCUCAUAUCCCGAGAGGAGUGCGAGAAUGGAAGCGAGGCAGAGUAUGCUCGCUACGGCGCUCUGCUAGAACUGAUGCAUAAUGACCUCAACGAGGUCAAUAAUUGCCGUCCUGUCCAUCCGUUGAGCCAGGCUCUCGCCAAAGCAUACGCCAAAGACAUUGCCUGGAAAGAGUCGUCUUUUGGAUUGCCGAAGGCCUUGGAAGAACACAGGGACCCUCACGAUAUGUUUGUUGAGAUGCUGAAGAAGGGCGUGAAGGUACACAUGGAAGCAGGCGACUUUUCCCGGAACAUGAGACGAUGGGAAGCACCAGGCGCGAUUGCUCUACUGGAAUCGGAAGAGUAG